AUGUUGCUCAACAAACUAUCAUUGGCCUUGCUGCCUUUCGGUACCAAUGCCGCCAUAUUGAAGCCGCGACUUGAUGAUGGAGUAGCAGGUACACCUCCAAUGGGAUGGAACACCUACAAUCACUAUUCGUGUUCCCCGAAUGAGAAAAUUGUACGUUCAAACGCGAAAGCCUUGGUUGACCUCGGCUUGAAGAAACUCGGUUACCGCUACGUGACAACUGAUUGCGGGUGGACGGUUGCUAAUCGCCUAGCAAAUGGAUCUUUAACUUGGAAUGAAACGCUGUUUCCAAGCGGAUUUCCUGCUCUUGGAGAGUACAUCCAUGGCUUGGGUUUGCUAUUUGGUGUCUAUGAGGAUGCCGGUAUUAAAACUUGUACAACGGGGAUUGAGCAGGCUGGCAGUCUGGAUCAUGAGGAACAGGAUGCUGCGACUUUCAUGUCCUGGAAUGUCGACUCGCUGAAAUAUGACAACUGCUAUUCUGACGAAACCACUGGAUACCCAAACACAAACUACGCGCCUAGCAUUUCGCCGCGCCUCAGGUACGCAAACAUGACUAAAGCGCUGGCUGCCCAGAGCCGCAAAGUCCUCUUCCAAAUCUGCGAAUGGGGUCUCGACUUUCCCGCACUCUGGGCACCAUCCCUGGGUCACACAUGGCGUAUCGGCAACGACAUCAUUCCAGCAUGGCGAAGUAUCUUCCGAACACUCAACCAAGCAGUACCGCAGACAUCCUUCGCAGGACGUGGCCAAUGGCCCGACCUCGAUAUGCUGGAAGUUGGAAACAACGUCUUCACAACACCUGAAGAGCAAACCCACUUCUCAAUGUGGGCUAUUCUGAAAAGUCCGCUCGUGAUCGGGGCUGCGUUGAAGGAUGACUUGACGCAGAUCAGCGGUGCCUCGCUUUCGGUUCUCUCGAACAAAGAUGUUAUUGCCUUUAACCAGGAUUCUCUUGGCCAAAGUGCGAGUCUUCGGCGUCGUUGGACCGAACAGGCAUAUGAGGUGUGGAGUGGGCCCUUGUCCGGAGGCAGAACUGUUGUUGCGUUGAUUAACUGGGCCAAUGAAGCGCGGGAUUUGACCUUGAACCUUCCGGAUGUUGGCCUUCAGACUGCAGGAACUGCGAAGGACAUCUGGAAGGGCAAGACCGUCAGCAAUGUGAAGACAUCCUAUUCUAGCUCCGUUGAGGCUCACGGUGUGAUGCUUCUGGAGUUGCGGGAUACUACCCCAGCGGGUGUGUACCCAAGCUCGAAAUUUGGAAUUCGGAACGGUAACACAAUUACAUUCAAUUCCAUCUAUGCGAACACGACUAGCACCAAUCAUACCGUCUCUAUCGUGUUUUCUAGUGCAGCAACUACGACUGGAAGCCUUCAAUUACAGUCAUCUUCAGAUACAAAAUCAAUCAGCAUUCCAGUCGGCAAGUCUGCCAAAAGCGUCUCCUCACCCCUUUCUCUUGUGGCAGGAUCAUUGAACGAGAUUACAAUUCAGUCCACCACCUCAAUCGAUUCCAUUCGCAUCGAGUCUCCGUCCAGCACAUACUACCCCUGUACUUCGUUUACCCUGAGCGGUUCCGCAGCCCUUGCAAAAUGUGGUACAGGCUUCUGUCUUCCAGUCGGAUCCAAGAUUGGAUACAUCGACGGAAAAUCGACCGCUCGCGCCAGCGUCCACGCAACUGUAUCUACACUCGGCACCACCAACGCAACGUCGAAAUAUCUGGAAGUUGACUUCAUCAACAAUGACAUUGCUCUAGCGACUAGUUGGGGCUUCGGGUCGAACACAAGAAACAUGACAAUCACUCUGAACGGUGGAGACCCCGUCCGACUGGAAGUCCCUUUGACUGGUCGUCACAGUGAGCUCUUUGGGCCGGGAUUGGGUUGGUGGGAUAGCUCGACAAUGGGGAUCGUAGUUGACGGUUGGAAGAAUGGUGAUAAUGAGGUUAUCAUUGGCAACGUGGCGGCUGGGAAUGUGUUCCAGUCUUAUGGUGCGGACUUCGUGGGUCUUCGGCUUUAUAAUUGA